UGCAAGAAAGAAGGAAAACCUGUGAUAAAAUUAUAAACUCACUUAAUUGUUUAUUCCGUCUUCUCUUUCGUGAAGUUCACACAGCUGUCACCAUGCCGAGAGGGGGCGGACGAGGUAAAAAGAACUACAAAGGCCAGAGGCGUCAUUUUACAGAUGAAGAUGAGCUAGCCAGGCAAAUGAAAGAGGAGGAAAAAAAGAGAGAAUGGAGGAAGAAGCAAGGCUUAAGUGAUGAAGAAGCUGGAGCGUCAAAAGGUGCUGAUGGAUCAGGUUCUGGAUCAGACUCAGAUUCUGAGUCAAGUAGUGAUGAAGAUAGUAAACCAAAGGGAGUGUCGCAUCUUAUAGCGAUAGAAAAUCCUAACAGGAUUAAGAAACAGGCAAAAAAAGUCACAGAGUUAGAUACAGGGGAUGCAGGGGCCAAACCAUCAUUGUCCAGAAGAGAGAGAGAGGAGUUAGAGAAGCAGCAGGCCAGGGUACGGUAUCAGGAACUUCACCAGCAGGGCAAGACUGAGGAGGCUCAGGCAGAUUUAGCCAGGUUAGCCAUCAUCAGGAAAAAGCGGGAAGAUGCGGCAAAAAAGAGAGAAGAGGAAAAGAAAAUAAAAGAUGCAGCUGCUGCCAAAAGCAAGUCAUGAUAAGAGGUCAUUUUAUGUAAAAUCUGUGUCUUAUGGUCUGCUGCAAGCUGCCUGUCUGUUGGUCUGUUUAUAGAUGUUCAGAUGUGUUUGAUACAGUCAAGAUCCCAAUAUGUUAAAGCAAGGAAGGCUUUGAGUAUUUGUAAGGCAAAAGGCUCAAAGAAUCAAUGGCCAGCAUCAUGUCCCAGUCAGGCAGUCUCAGCCCUUAACAGUUCAGACUAAAUCUUAUAAAAAUUGCUGAAUAUAUCUGUUAAAUUUGAACUUCAAACAUAUAUAGAAUCAUAGUGGCUUCAUGGUGAAUGCAUGGCUGCACGCAGUAUACGCAUCUCUCACAGCUAGGCUGGUGUGACAUCAAAUCUGAUGUAGCAAUUGUGGAAACACUAGUCUAGAACCAAUAUGUUGCCAAGGUAGUUUGGUCAGCCAUGAUGUUGCUACUGAUCUUUGAGAACAGUGCCUGAUGUGAUUACAGAUGUUGGCAUGUCAGUGUUAGGUAUGAUAUCCUCUUUAUAAUGAGCAUGUUAAAAGUGUUUCUGUUUUAUGGUGAAGGUAUUGUCAUUUCGUUAUUCUGAGUUUUAUCUCGGAACCUCAGUCCAUGUGCUGUUUGUUUUAUACAUGUAGCUCUUGAGCAUUUAUUGUUAGCUGACUAUACUGACUCACUUGAAAAUGGAAUAAACCUGUUCGAUUUAACAAUACAUAAUCUGGUGGCUGCAUUCUGCCUUGAAAUCUUUGGAGAUUGGCAGACUUAUCUGUGUAUGAAACUUGAUCUGUUGGUUGGGGUUAAAACUUCAAAUGAUGCACACCUCCGGAACAUCGAACCAUAGUUUGCCCAUUUAAAUUAAUUCCCGCAAAAUUGUCACCUGGAGGUAAUGUCCUGGUUUAUUAUCUUUGUGCAAAUUUCUAGCUAAAUACAUUUCAGUGUUGUGAGAACAGUUCGUAAAGCUGUCAUUGCAAAUGGCAAGAAGAAAAUGCUAUUUGCAGUGUACUGCUGUGUGAUUUUACAUGGUUGUGGGAGAGGACCCUUCAUGCUAUGAUCAACAAUUAUAAAAUCUAAACAUUAAAGAGUUUAAUAACUGGGAAGCAUUAUCUAUUUUCGAAUUAAUAAAUAUCAGCUGGAAUUGUUACCAUUAAUCAGUUAAGGGUCUCCCCAUGAAAUUUGUUUUAAUCUGCUUGGAAGACUUUUUAUGGACGCAAAGAGCAGUAUUGCUGUUUUCUAACAGCCAGUCUGAUUGGUGACAAAUUGUUCAAAAGGUGUCAAUCCUCUCAGGUUAUUGUGGUUAAAAAUCAAAUUAUGACUGAAUUCUGCAUGAGUAUAUUAACAUGGGUCUAGGCAUUGUAUUUUACUGCAAAUGAGAUAUUUCCUGAAAUGGUAUUUAAAAGCUAAGAAACAAUCAUAUAAAGAAUCAGGGUUAGUACUGUAUAAUAUAUUCGAGGCAACUUAAUGACAGUUUGUUCUGUUCUUGGAUCUGCAAACUAGACAGAAAAUCAGAUGUUAGAUCAGUUGAAUCAGAUGGUUUAAUAGUACCAUUUUCUAUCCUGAGAUUAAAAUUUAAUGUAGACUUAUUAUCCAGACUACUGCAUUGUUUGUUUUGUUUCUCCUGCACCAGUCUUACACAAAACACAUCUCUACAACCCCAGUGAAAUGAAUUGUACGGUUUGUAAGGAAGAACUUGUGGUUAAUAUAGUCGUUCACAUGUAACAACCUCAUCAUCGUUUUAUGAAACUUCAUGAGCUCCCAUGUGUGCACCCUUGUUUUCAUGAGCAGCUUUUGAACAAUUCCAACAUUUUCUCCUGUGGUUGGCUACUCUCUUUGUCUGAAAUAAGUAGGUCCUGUUGAUACUGGAAUGCACUCUUUUAUUCGUUUCUGAAAUUUUUCGGUUUUAUAUUCGUUUUGCCCACAAAUAGGUAGCGCAACAGCAGAGAAUGGUGUUUUUACACAACUUAAAGCCGACUUGUUUAGACUGGAAGUGAUUCAAAGAUUUCAGUGGGAUAAAGGAGAAGUUCAGUAUUUCACAGCACAUUAAUCGGUGUAUAAAGUGUUCUUUUCGCCUAGAACUGCAUAACUUUGAGAUAUUAGGAGUGUAUUAGUGUUUUUCUCACAUGGAAUGUUUGUGUCCUUAUCAAGUAACAAGGAACCUUUUUCAAUGCACGGCAUUGACCACUGUUCUCAUGCAACACACGUCCUGUGUCACCAGUUUGUCUAUAAAUCGUCAUCACAAAAAGCAGAAGUGAACGAUACAUUAAACAGUUUUGGGCCGAAUUACUUCUGGUGGUAAAGGUUCCCCAAUAGCCUCAAAGGCUUUCUUCUAAGGCACUUUUAGAUUUGUUUUUGAAAAUUAUUCUGCUCCAAUGAUAAAUGUUUCACACUGGAAUACAAGAAACACUUAUAUCUGACCGAUUUCAACAUCCACCAAGUGAACAAUGUAACUUAAAGAGGAAUAACAAUCAGAAGUUUUCAGGUUGCUUUUGUUCAUGAAGGAACUGUUGCAUCAGUUGUGGCAAGAGACUUACAGAAAAACAUAUAUUACUUGAGUGACCAAAAAUUCUGAUAUUUAAAAAAAAAAAAAAAGUCAAAUGUGAUUGACAAGCUUUAUAACUCAACACUAAGCUCAUGAAAUAAACGAUUGUUGUAUUUA